GUUUGAUCCUAUCUUCACGCAAAUUUAUCCAUCUUCCAAUACUCUACGGCCAAUAUCUUUGUGGACUGCGCUCUGGUUGACAGGUUCAUAUCCUGAAGAUAAGCCACCCAGUGGUGUAAAAACUUAUAGUCUCCAAGAAUUAGUAAGGGAAGCUACAAUAAAUAAAUGGGGACCGAUCGUUGUGUUUCCUGAGGGAACGACUUCGAAUGGACGUGCGCUCUUGAAAAUUGUUCCUAUUUUCAAAAGUUUGUCGUUGCCUAUAGAAGACUUUUCAAUACACAUUUUAAUUACAAGGUAUGUAUAUGACAACUUUUCACCAACUUAUACCGUCGGAAACAAGUUCUGGCAUUUCAUAAUGCUGUGUAGCCAG